AUGCCAGGGUGCUGGGGCUCCACCCGGCGUACUGUUGACCGCAAGCCCAGCACAUCCCCUCCCCCCUUCGUUGAUGAGGGUCUCUCACACACACAAUGCCAUGGGGCUUCGAUUGGAGGCAUUGACCAGGCUCUUUGGCUCGACCACUCGGUGGGGAGGAUGGCUCACGUUGCACGUCCUCUGCCUCCUCCGAGCUAG